GUGUCCGUGGACGCCGCGGGCAGGCCGGGAGUGGCCCACGCCAGGGAGGUGUUCCGGGACGACAGGUACGGGAUGCUCGUCUUCGGGUUCGGGCAGCGGCCUCUCCUGUGGCUCGCCGACGACGUCGUCCUGUUCGGCACGGAGGCCCUGAGCGGCUGGGGGCACGCCGUGGUGCUGGACGUCCGCGCCGGCAGCUGCGAGGACCUCUCCUGGUCGGUGGCCGACGGCUGGAUCUACCUCGUCAGCAACUGCCUCGACCCCGACGGCGUGGGCGUGGAGCGCUUCCGUGCCGUCGGCACGGGGGCGCUCGCCGUGGCGGGCGCGUCGGACGUGGGCCGCGGGCUGGCGCCGCUCUCCAGGCACGUGGCCUUCCUCGGCGCGAGCUUCGACCGGCCCGCCGGGGUGUACGUGGUCCCCACGGGCGGCGGAGGCCUCCGCAGCGUCACGGCCGACGCGGGCUCUCGG